ACAGAUUAAGCCUCUUGCUGCGGGAAGACUGCUCUUUCUUUUGUAUCAUCAUGAACGUGGCAUCUGUAUUGCUCUGUAUAUUGCUGAAAGUCCUGGCUGUGAACUGUCAGGGCUUUGCACAGGAACGCAUAGUGGGAGGCUACGCGCCGGUUCCUCAUUCCAUCAGGUACAUUGUAUCAUUACAGACGACGAGCCGCCAGCACUUCUGCGGGGGCUUCCUGAUUAACAGAUUCUGGGUGAUCACAGCAGCACACUGUAACAUUGGGAUAAGCAAAAUGGUGGUAGUAGCAGGAGACUACUCUUUGUCCAUUUAUGAAGGCACAGAGCAGGAAGUGUUCCCCCACUUUUUGGUGACCCACCCUGAGUACAACAGCACGACAAACAACAGUGACAUCAUGCUCAUUAAGCUAAGGGCACCCAUCUACCUGAACAACUACGUGUCCAUCGUUCUGCUGCCCAGGCAGGAUGCCUCCAUAGCGGAGGGCGAAAUGUGUCGAGUGUCGGGAUGGGGAUACACCAGCCCCACAGGGGGCCAGAUUCCAGCCACCCUUCGGACUGUCACACUUCCUAUUGUGUCUGCAGAGAAAUGUAACAGCACUGAGUCGUUUAAUGGCCGCAUCACUGACAGAAUGCUUUGUGCCGGCUACAACAUUGGUGGAAAAGAUGCCUGCCAGGGAGACUCAGGUGGCCCACUUGUCUGUAACGGGCGGGCCUAUGGAGUGGUGUCGUGGGGAAGAGGAUGUGCUGACGCUGAAUUUCCUGGAGUCUACACUGCCGUGUCCAAGUUCCGCCGCUGGAUAGACAACACCAUAUUUAGCUACUACAGCAGAUGUAAGAAGAAUUAGAGCUCAGUGUUAACUCAUUGGAGACAUAACUUCAAUGUUGCCUUCUUUGACCUAAUUUUACACGCGCUAUGUCAGGUGAACACUGUUCAGGGAUGGUUCCAUAUUUUAGGAAACGGUCAUGGUGGCUUUCGGGCUGAGAGCUGGUUUUCUUACACUGGACAGCCAUAACAUUACGAAAAAUGCAAGUAGAAAAAAAAGUAAUAAUCUUAAUGUUGGAACAAGAACAUUGAGAUUCAUUGAAAAUUGCCAGCCCCCCAAAGCGAAAAAAACUGGUUGCACAAAACUUCUUGAGCUUCCUAAAAAUUACAGCUUAAGGUACCAAAAACUCAUAAAAUACUAAUCCUAAGUAAGUGCACUACUACACUAAGUUAGAAGCAAUACUAGUAGUUCAAGUAUCACAGUAUUAGAACCAUGGUUUAGAAAUUCAACCCCACAAUCUACAGAUAUUGAAUUUCUACUUGUUUAUCUUAAAUUAACACUAAGUUGGACCUGACUGAUGAUCACAUAGUUAUGGCUGAUUAAUGUUAAAUGGAUUUUUGGACAAAAAAAAAUCUCACCAUUUACACAGAAUAGUCAGAGAAUAUCUGAUAUCUGGAUUGUAAAUGCCAUGCUGAUGUCAAAGGAGGUUGAUAGAUUGGUUUGAGAUAAUAGAAGGGCAACUUUUGGUUUAAUUACGUUUUGUUAGCGCCAAAGGAUUCAGAAUACUAUUUCUGAAUACACAACACGUGAAAUCUAGGAGGAGAUCGGAUUCAGGAAACCAAGACCUCAGUGUCACUUUUGUUAGCUAGGAACAGGAAACUGUUGGCACUCAAGUUUGGUAGCAACUUUUGAGACGGAAGGGUCAGAGUUCUGUUGCAUCUAUACCAAGAAGAAUAAAAGUGGUUAUGAUGUCAAAAGAGAAAGUUGUACCUUGUAAAGCGACAAGCCGUAAAUCUAAAGAUCUACCAAGUUCACAAGGCAAUGUUUGGGAAACCUCCAAGGACAUUUGGUUAAUUUUCAAUUCCCACCCUAAUUUUGGAAUUCAAAGAACAUUCUUUAUUGUUCCAUAACCCAUAACAAAAACAUUAACCCCUAGAGGAUGUUCCCUGAAGUUUUCUGUAGGUUUUGCUCUAUGUAACCUUAGAAGAACCUUUAGAGAGCUUAGCUUUUAAAAGGGGAGUGUUUCCUGGUUACCCAGUAGUGUAAAAUGUAUUGUCAGCAAAAUACUUGACAAUACGUUCAAACAUAAAGCAUAAAUCUCAGAAGUUACUGUCUAAGCUUAGAUCAACUAAACUAAACUAAGCUAAGCUAAUAUAAUCUAAACUGAGCUAAUGAAAGCUAACGAAACAGAUAACAGACAAGUAACAAUUUUCAAGUUUUUCAAAUGUCGGACCAGUUUCUUUCAGUUUGUAGCCAGUUAAGUUAAUAAGAACAGCAUAAACAUCUUCAACCUCAUCUUCAACCUCAAUAGCUGAUCUAUCAAACAGCCAUGAUUUCACAACAUCUCGUAAAAGGUGCCAUACCAUCAUUCACCAGCUUUAUGUGGACUGUUUGAAAGGCUAAAGACAAAAGUACAUUCAUGCGCAUCACAUAAAUGCACUUAUAAAUAAGAGAAUGAAAUUAUGAAUAUCCAUCUCUCUGAAGAUGAAGAUGAAUGGAUAUCUCUGAAGAUGGACACGCUAAAGUUAUGUAAUGGUUCACUAGAGGGACCCAGAAAUUCAGCCACGACACAGGAGUGAGCAGAAUACUCAGAUAUUUAUUAAAAAGCAGCUAAAGCCGGACACACAGGAUCGUCAGCUGCAGCACUGGCUUGGCGGUCCGGUACCGCGGUGAUCGGCUGAGGGACGAGGAGACAGCAGAUGCUGUGCUGACGCAGGGCGCCGGAGGAAGCGCCUGGAGAGGGGAAGCGCUGAUACUGGGCAGCGCACUACUGGGUGAAACAGCAGAAGGGCCAAAUCCGGAUCCGAAUACUUAGUCAGACGAGCGGGGGUCAUGCACAGUGGGACUGAGAGCAGAAUCCGUGGGAGUGGGCGAGAGCAGAGUCAGUGAGACAGGCGUGGGUCGAGAUCCGAAGGGCAAAUAGCAAUAGUCCGACAAGGGCAAGGCAAAAGGGGUAGAUCCGUGGAACAAAGCGUGGUAGAGACGAUGAGAGCGAGACAGGAGUGCUGGAAAACUACUAGCUGAAAGCGUUCGAUAAUCUGGCGACUUGGUAGUGACUGAGAAGGGCUUAAGAAGGGAAACAAUCAGGGAGCAACACAGGUGUGGGGAAUAACGGGAAUGAGGGGUGUGGCAUGGAUAAGUUCAAACAAAACACAGAACACCAUGUGAACAUUACAAGUUAUUGUUCAAUUCAUUAACAUUAUUCUUUAUGAGCAACAAAGCGAUAUUUGUCUGAUUCAUGGCAUCUAGGAUAAUAAGCUCUCUGUUAAAUUUUUAAGAGCUCUUUAUCUCUUUGUUAUGAAUAAUUUCAUGCAAGCAUUUGGUUUGUUACUGUUUUCCAACUCAUCUUUAAGGGGUGUGCAAUUUCCACAGGGUUUUUAUUAUUAUUAUUUUUUUUUACAUUUCCCUGGACAGUGACCUCAAAGUUUAGAAAAGGGUUGGUUUGUAUUACAUUGUGCAACAAAUAUACGUUACAAAUGGAUAUAUGAAUUUUAAAAAUAAUUAACACAACUAUUUGUACUGUAUGGUGUUGGUUUUUAUAUGUGCCUGUACAACCAAGGUAAAAAGAAAAUACAUCCUCAAGUUCUAGGGUUUUGAGUAUACCUGACACAAGAAUAUCUGAAAAUUUAAACCGGUAGACUAUUUUGUUGUUGUAACAAUGCCUGUUGGCAUUAUAUUGUUGAAAGUCUGUUUUUUUCCUCUGGUAAAUGGUACCACAUUUGUAAGGAUAAUACAAUUAUACCUUCCCAUAUGUACAUGGGGAGGUAUGCAUAAUUGAGUUUACAAAUAAUCUUUGGUAAAAUCCCUAGAACAGACAAAGAGUGUAUUUUUCCUUUUAUCCUCACUAUGUGUUGGAAAAACUAACUUUUUCGACAAGCCUGAACUGUUACCUGGACUACUUGGUGAUUUAUUUAUGGAAUAGCAGCUGAGAUAUCCUAUAAAUAUGCAGAAGGCACCAUGGAGACAGAGAAGUGAACAAAUUCAGGGAACCUUAGUAUAAAAAACAAAAUUUCAUGUAUAUGAACACAUAGAAUAAGUGUAUUAUUUUCUUGUUUUAUACACGUAAAUAAAUUACUCUUCUGCUUUA